AUGCAGCCUGAGGAGCCCCGGGAGCGCCACAAGCCCGGGCCAGGGGCAGAGACCGCCGCGGCCCCGCGCUGGGAAGAAGCCAAGACUUUCUACGACAACCUCACGCCCAAGAAGAAACCCAAAUCGCCUAAGCCUCAGAAUGCAGUCACCAUUGCUGUGUCUUCCCGAGCCUUGUUCCGCAUGGAUGAGGAGCAGCGGAUCUACACUGAGCAGGGCGUGGAGGACUACGUGCGCUACCAGCUGGAACACGAGAAUGAGCCCUUCAGCCCUGGGCCCGCCUUCCCCUUCGUGAAGGCUCUGGAGGCUGUGAACAGCAGGCUGCGGGAGCUGUACCCCGAUGGUGAGGACCUUUUUGACAUCGUCCUCGUGACCAACAACCACGCUCAAGUGGGAGUCCGUCUCAUCAAUAGUAUCAACCACUAUGACCUGUUCAUCGAGAGGUUCUGCAUGACGGGUGGGAACAGCCCCAUCUGCUACCUCAAGGCCUACCACACCAACCUCUACUUGUCAGCUGAUGCGGAAAAAGUGCAGGAAGCCAUUGAUGAGGGGAUUGCAGCUGCCACCGUCUUCAGCCCCAGCAGGGAUGUGGCUGUGUCCCAGACCCAGCUGCGCGUGGCCUUCGAUGGGGACGCCGUGCUGUUCUCAGACGAGUCGGAGCGCAUCGUCAAAGCCCAUGGGCUGGACAGAUUCUUCGAGCAUGAGAAGGCCCAUGAGAACAAACCCUUGGCCCAGGGCCCCCUAAAGGGCUUUCUGGAGGCGCUGGGUAGGCUGCAGAAGAAGUUCUACUCCAAGGGCCUACGGCUGGAGUGCCCAAUCCGCACCUACUUGGUGACAGCGCGCAGUGCAGCCAGUUCUGGUGCCCGGGCUCUCAAGACCCUGCGCAGCUGGGGCCUGGAGACGGAUGAGGCUCUGUUCCUGGCUGGAGCACCCAAGGGCCCCCUCCUCGAGAAGAUCCGCCCACACAUCUUCUUUGAUGACCAGAUGUUCCACGUGGCUGGGGCUCAGGAGAUGGGCACGGUGGCUGCCCAUGUGCCUUACGGUGUGGCACAGACAUCCCCACGGACUGCAGCGACAAAGCAGGUCCCGCCUGCCCAGUAG